CAUAAACUCACACUUUUUACGGUUUUGGACUUAAGCCUCAUACAGCCUGUGACCCACCUUGUCUGCGCAUGCGCAUGAGAGACGCUGAUCCAGAAGGAAGAGACAGAGCAUGUCUGCAGACGGGGCCCAGCGGGGGGGCUCCUCCGGGACCCCCCGCUUCAUCAGCGGGGUGGUGGAAGGUUUCUACGGGCGACCGUGGACCAUGGAGCAGAGGACGGAGCUCUUCAAGAGGGAGCAGCAGUGGGGGUUGAACACGUACCUGUACGCCCCCAAAGACGACUACAAGCACCGGAUGUACUGGAGAGAGCUGUACUCACCUGAGGAGGCAGACCAGCUGAAGGCCCUGAUUUCAGCAGCCAAGCAGCACCAGGUGGAGUUCAUCUACGCCAUCUCUCCCGGUUUGGACAUAACCUUUUCUAACCCCAAAGAAGUGGUGGCUCUGAAGAGGAAGCUGGAUCAGGUGAAGCAGUUCGGCUGCAGUUCCUUCUCUCUGCUCUUUGAUGACAUUGAGGCAGAAAUGUGCGCCGCCGACAAGAAGGCUUUCAGCUCCUUCGCCCACGCUCAGGUGUCCAUCACCAACCAGGUGUACGAGCACCUGAGAAGUCCUGAGACUUUCCUGUUCUGCCCCACAGACUACUGUGCUGCCUUCUGCACCCCCUCCGUGUCCCAGUCCUCCUACCUGCAGACUGUGGGGGAGAAACUGCUGCCGGGCAUCGACAUCCUGUGGACGGGUCCAAAGGUGGUGUCCCACAAAAUCUCUGUGGAGUCCAUAGUAGAGGUUACCUCUGUGCUGAAGAGGCCGCCGGUCAUCUGGGACAACAUUCACGCCAACGACUACGAUCCGCAGAGGCUCUUCCUGGGACCCUAUAAGGACCGGCCCACUGAGCUGAUUCCCAAACUGAGAGGAGUGCUCACCAACCCCAACUGCGAGUUUUACCCCAACUUUGUGGCCAUCCACACUUUGGCCACGUGGUGCAGAUCUGCUGACGGAGGAGCGCCGGACGUGGAGAUGGGUGAAGACGGGCAGGACUGCGGCUACAGCCCCACCAAAGCCCUAAACCUGGCCCUCUCCGACUGGCUGCUGGAGUUGAUGAGCGCGGAUGGAGCAGCAGGCCAACUCAAAAAAGAUUCUUCAAAAGAGGAGUGGAUGCAGACGGACUCGGGGGAGAGUCCCUACGUCCCGGGACCUGAGGAGAACCCGCUGUACACUGCAGAGCCCCUGACUCUGGACGACCUGAAGCUGCUGUCCGACCUCUUCUACCUGCCGUACGAGCACGGGCCCACAGCCAGGAGCAUGCUGCAGGAGCUGGACUGGCUGAAGACCCACAGUCAGACUGAGCAGACAGAGGAGUGGCGCUGCCGAGCGCAGCACUUCGAUCAGAUGUGCAAGGCGGUGGUGCAGAUGUUCAACCGGCUGUCCAACGCUCCCAACCGCCGCAUCCUCUACGACCUCUACAACUACAUCUGUGACAUCAAGAGUGGGGUGGGGCUGGCGUGCGCCCACGUCAAGGCGCUUGGGGGGCAGGACUCACCGGCCGCACAGCUGAUGACUGAUGACCCCGAACCCUGGGGCUUCAGGGGGGGGCUCUCUGGGGAGUUCCAGAGGAUGCUGCCGGGACACGGGAACAGGGACCUGUUCAGACACCCCCCCAUGACGGCGGUUUACACCGUCCGGCCAUACAGCGCCGAGGACCAGACUACCGUUCAAAGGGUCUUCAAGGAGAUGCAGAAAGGGGGGGCAGGCGACAAAGCCCCUAUGAUGAUGCAGCCACCACUGAUCAGUGAUGGCCUGUCCUCUGGGGAAGUGCCCCCCUCCCCUGGAAAUGCCUUUGUAAUGGAGGACGACGUGGGGGUGUGCGGCUAUGCGUUUGCUCUCAUUGAUGCCAGACCAGCUGCAGCCAAGUUUCAGAGGGCGCUCAGCCCCUCCCUGUGUGAGGACUUCCCCUCCCUGGUCGGACUGCAGGUGCUGCCCCGAGUCACCGACCCCUCACCUGCCAGGCGUAUGAUGGCUCUGCUGUUGUCGUCCCUGAGGAGCAGUGGAUCCAGAGGAGCGUUUUGUGAGUUGAGAGCCAGCGAUCGGAGGAUGAUUGAUUUCUUCUCCAAGCUGGGCUCCUUCAAGCACAUGUCCGGGGUUGACCUUCCUCAGGACGUCCUGGUGCUGGCGGCGGGUCUGUGAAUGCUCCGGGGCCCUGAAAUCCGUUUUGACGUGAUCCUGAUGGAUUUAAGAUGAUCAUUUUCUGAAAAAUCUGUUUAAUAAAUGAGUUUGUGUGACAC